CUAGUUUUCCCGCGGCUCUCAACGUGAGUGGUCGCGUACAAAGUACGGUAUAAAGUCGGACCCGAAAAACGACAUAAAAAGCAUUCGACUAAAAGUACAUUCUGCAAAUCAGUAGAGGGGCUGAGCUGACUGGUUCGAAGCGACUUUCGAGAACUCGUUUUGCUCGCAUUCGUGCUCGAAAUAACAGUUAGAUUGUCUUUGAUUGUUACUUAAAUACUAUUUGAUUCAGAAAAAAAUUUUGAACGUUGAAGUUCACGCGCCACUGUCAAAUUGCCGGUCAAAAUUUUCAUACGUGUUUUUGUGUAAAUUUUUUGUUGUUAUCUUUUUAUACCGUGUACGUUUUUAUUUGUUAACAAAAUGGCUUGCACUAUUUGUAUGGAUCCGGACAGCAAACCUGUGAAAAUGCGUAAAGAAAAAGACACUUUCGGCGAGCUCGACGUGCCAGAUGACAAGCUGUACGGGGCCCAGACCGUCAGGUCUGUCAUGAACUUCCCCAUCGGAGGCAUCGAGGAGAGAAUGCCGUACCCAGUGAUCGUGGCCUUUGGAAUACUGAAGAAGGCUGCCGCGAAGGUCAACAUGGAGUAUGGCCUUGACAAGAAAAUCGCCGAAGCAAUAAUGCAAGCGUGCGAGGACGUCAUCUCUGGAAAGCUGUACCGCGAGGGACACUUCCCGCUCGUCAUCUGGCAGACCGGCUCGGGCACGCAGUCCAAUAUGAACACUAACGAGGUCAUCUCCAACCGCGCCAUCCAGAUCCUAGGCGGCAAACUCGGCAGCAAGACCCCAGUCCAUCCCAACGACCACGUGAACAAGUCGCAAAGCUCCAACGACACGUACCCCGCGGCGAUGCACAUCGCGGUGGCCAUGGAGCUGCGGGACCGCCUCAUGCCCGGCCUGGUGGCGCUGCGGGACACGCUCCAGGCCAAGUCCAAAGACUUUGAGAAGAUCAUCAAGAUUGGCAGGACUCACUUGAUGGACGCCGUGCCUCUAACCCUCGGCCAAGAGUUCAGCGGGUACGCCACACAGCUGACGUACGGUAUCGAGCGCGUGUGCACCACGCUGCCUCGUCUGCACUACCUCGCUAUAGGCGGCACGGCCGUUGGCACCGGAUUGAACACUAGAGUCGGAUUCGCGGAGAAGGUGGCUGCUGAGAUCGCCUCGCUCACUGGCAUCCCCUUCGAGACAGCACCCAACAAGUUCGAAGCGCUCGCUUGCCACGACGCGAUGGUGGAAGUAUCAGGAGCGCUCAACACCAUCGCAGUCUCGUUGAUGAAGAUCGCCAACGACAUCCGUCUGCUGGCGUCAGGACCGCGCUGCGGGCUCGCCGAGCUUCUACUACCGGAGAACGAGCCCGGCUCCUCCAUCAUGCCGGGCAAGGUGAACCCCACGCAGUGCGAAUCACUUACCAUGAUAGCUGCGCAAGUGAUGGGCAACCACGUGGCGUGCACCGUCGGCGGCAGCAACGGGCACUUCGAGCUUAACGUCUUCAAGCCAAUGAUGGUGGCCAAUGUGCUGCGCUCCAUCAGGCUCAUCGGUGACGGCUGCCAGGCGUUCAACAAAAACUGCGCGGUCGGCAUCCGUGCCAACGAGCAGCAAAUCAACAAGAUCAUGCGCGAGUCGCUUAUGCUUGUCACCGCGCUCAACCCGCACAUCGGAUAUGAUAAGGCGGCGUUAAUAGCGAAGACAGCGCACAAAGAAGGCGGCACCCUCAAGGACACUGCUAUCAAGCUAGGAAUCCUCACUGCUGAGCAGUUUGACCAGUGGGUCAAGCCCGAAGAAAUGUUGGGACCCAAGUAAACCGCCAACCACCAGCAACUUGCGUGAACGCACAGCGCAGCGCCUCUAGCGGACGUCUACAGAACUAUUUCAGUGAUCAGCAAGUCCGAGACCCUAACUAUUUUACUGAUCAGCAAUUGAACUGACUGGUAGAGGCUGAGAAAUACUGCGUUUACUAACUAGUUAUGUUGAUUUUACAGCAAAAUCUGCAAGUUGUUUAUAUUCGUGCUAUGGUUUUACAAAGGGCUUGUGGUUUAGAAUCGGCCGUGUACUUAUUUCGUUUAUUGCUUAUAAGCUUUUUCAUGACAUUGUUGUGCGACGUUUUGUGGACGUCUAAAAGCCAGAAUUAUAUUAAUUACUGGAUAGUAUUGUAUUGUUUGUGCCAAUGUCCAAACAGUUACCACUCGGCGGUUUUCUAAAUCACAAGUCUGUGUGCGUGCGAAGAGAUCUGUCUCAGUAUUGUUAAUGAUUACAAAAUAUGUAAUUUAUUUCAUACUUGCAUUUACAUUACCCGUUUAGACCAGAAGUAAAAUUGUUAAAGAAGUUAUAAAAUAUUGAGACAAAGCAAUAUCAUU